GGGGGUUGGCCUGUAACUUCCAAACUCGGGAGGAGACGCCCCAUACCUGCCCCGCCUGCCUUCCUGGGAGGGAGCACCGCAUGCACCAUCUUCCCCCACUCCCCUUCCCGCCGGACACCAGCCUCCUCUUCCCCCACCCGGAGGAGGAGACUCUGCCCCCUCCUGCUCCCCACCAGUCACCCCAGAGGGAGUUUCUCACCUGUGGUCCUUCCGAAGCCUAAUCCCCUUCCUUUUCACUGCAGUCUCAGGCCACCUCCCCUCUGAGAGGACCCUGGGAGAGGGGACAAUCUGGGUGCCACCUGAAUACACAAAUGCCAGGAAGCCUGAGCACAGUGAGGGGCGGAAGGGUGGUCUUUGCAGAAGAGUGUCCAAGUCAGCACUGGAAGUGCCAGGAACACCCUCUCCCGCCCCCUUCCUACCCUCUGGGCCCCAGCAAGGGCUCCUCCUCCUCCCCCAGCUCCUGGACACUCCCUUCGCCCCGUCUCUGCACCACUACACUGCCCCCCCACCUGCCCCUGCUGCAGAUGAGGAAAGCGAGGACUAGGAAGGAGCGUAACUCGGCAGAAGUGCGCAAGGCCAGGAGUGAGGUGCACCUGGAAUCCAGCGACUGCCCUGAAGGAUUCAAAUGCUGCGGUGACAGCUGCUGCCAGGAGUACGAGCUCUUCUCUGGCCCCUUGAGGAUCUUCAUCAUCAUCUUCCUGAUCAUUAUGCCCAUCAUGUGCAUCUGUGGCCUGGCAAAGCACUUCUGCCGCAGCUGCAGAGAGCAGGAGCGGCACCCCCCAACGGUUCUCGCGGGGGCCCCGGAACGGCUCCCCAGUGCCCCUCCAGAGAGUAUGGUGGUGUCCCCUUCUGAGUCACCACCCCCCUACAGUGAGAUUAUUCUGAAGCCAGUCCUGAACCUGCCCCCCACGGAUCCGCCCCCUCCCUACAGCAUCAGGCCUGAAGAAUAUUCGGGGGUCUCCAGGGGCAUCGACAAUCCAGCCUUCUGAGCCACCUGCUACCUGGAAUCCUGCCUCAGCCACCUCCUCCCUGACACCUCCUGGAGCAAGCCAGAGACACCUCGGACCCCUGAACCGCCUCCGCCCACCCUGCUACAUCUCUGGCCUUUCUUGGAUUUAACUUAUUGCUUUUCCUGCCCCUGCUUCACACCGACUGUCUCUCUUGUCCCAGGGUCUGGGCUGGAGUGACAGUGCCCAUCCACCACACUGCACCCCACCCCACCCCACCCGCCGCAGCCCACGUUAGAGGCUGCCAAGAGGAAAAUAACAUCAACAGUUGGAGUUGAUGGACAGUAGAAUGGGCUACUUUCAGGAGUGGAGAGAGCCCCACAGCUGGAGGUAUACAAAUCUCGACUGGAUGGCCAGCUCUGAGACGGGAAGGGCGCUGCUAUGCCUAGGGGAAUUGGACUGCCUGAGCUCUGAGCCACCUCCAGCUCUCCCUGAAUGGAGAAGACCCCAUUCUACCCCACCCUACCCCCCAACAUGUGUACUUACUAAACCAGCUGAUUGCUGCUGAGA